AUGUUAAAAUAUUUAUUUGGUCGUCGUUCGUCUUACUUGAAUACAGAAACAAUCGAUAAAGUUCAAUCAUUAUGUCGUUCGAUUGAAGAUGAAAUCGAUCGGAGUAAUCUUCAUCGAGAAAUUGUUCAAUUGUUUGAUCGUUUAUUAAAAUCUCAUUCAAAUAAAUCUCCUCGUAGUAUUCUUCAAGAACACAUGAAUUUUUCAAUAAAUAAAGGUUUAUCUCAAACUCAUUCUCAAGGUGUCUUUCUUGAUUAUGGUCAAAUAAAUAAAGCUGGACAAUUAGUUGCUAUAUAUCCCGGAACAAUAUAUCGUCGUCACAUUGAUCCUCUUCUUUUACCAUCAAUACGAAACAGAUUUUUACUUGCACGUAAAGAUGCUCUAAUUAUUGAUGGACGUGAUCGAGGAUUGUCACGUUCAAUUUAUCUUUCAUGCCAUGCUCGAUAUCCUUCGUAUGAUAAAACAUGGCUUUCACAAGAUGUUUUUUUACAUAAAAAUCCUUUAACACUUGGACAUUAUAUAAAUCAUUUUCCAUCCGAUGGAUUACCAAAUGUAACCUAUCAUGAGUUUGAUUUUAAUUUUAAUGACAAUGCAUAUGAUUUAUAUCGUUUUGUACCAAAUGUUAGAUAUACAGAUACAGAUAUGGGUGAUAACGAUAAAGGAAUGCCAUCGGUUGUACUUAUUUCUCUAAGACCGAUUAAACAAGGUGAAGAGCUUUUUUCAUGUUAUUUAAAUAUUAUUCAAGGAAAUGAAAAAUCUUAG